AUGCUCCAGUUCGUCAGCAGCCAGGUGGGAGAGUUGCCAGACAUCUUCUCUGAACAGCUUUGUAGCAGCACUUUCCCAGGAGGCAGCGGGAACAGUCAUGGCGGCAGUGCCAGCGCAGGUCCCAACGCCAGCGCCAGCGCCAGCACCGGGGGCACCUUGGAGAGCUCCUCAUCCAGGCCCUACAGCCAGGCGCCCAUGGCGGCGGGGUCGGCGGGGUCCUUCCCCCAGACUCCACCUGUGCAGGUUAAAGCCCCUUCUGGCCCGGUGUCCACCCCCCCUCGGCCUGCGCCCCUGCUCCAGCCCCGUCUGCAGCCCCAGCCGCAGCCACAGCCACAACUGCAGCAACAGACCGUGAUGAUCACCCCGACCUUCAGCACGGCCCCCCAGACCAGGAUCAUCCAGCAGCCCCUGCUGUACCAGAACUCGGCCACCAGCUUCCAAGUCCUCCAGCCUCAAGUGCCGAGCCUGGUGACGUCUUCCCAGGUGCAGCCGGUCACCAUCCAGCAGCAGGUGCAGACCGUGCAGGCCCAGCGGGUGCUGACCCAAGCUGCCAACGGCACCAUCCAGACCCUGGCACCAGCCACCGUGCAGACGGUUGCCGCUCCGCAGGUUCAGCAGGUUCCGGUCCUGGUGCAGCCUCAGAUCAUUAAGACGGACUCACUUGUCCUGACCACGCUGAAGACAGACGGCAGCCCCGUCGUGGCGGCAGUGCAGAACCCGGCCCUCACGGCCCUCACCACGCCCAUUCAGACCACAGCCCUCCAGGUCCCCACCCUGGUCAGCGGUGGCAGUGGGACCAUCCUCACCACCAUGCCAGUGAUGGUGGGGCAGGAAAAGAUGCCCAUCAAGCAGGUGCCCGGGAACGUCAAGCAGCCGGAGCCCCCCAAGGAAGGGGAGAGAAGGACCACCCACAACAUCAUUGAGAAGCGUUAUCGAUCCUCCAUCAAUGACAAGAUCAUUGAACUCAAAGACCUGGUCAUGGGGACGGACGCCAAGAUGCACAAGUCCGGAGUGUUGAGGAAGGCCAUUGAUUACAUCAAGUACUUGCAGCAAGCCAAUCACAAACUUCGGCAAGAGAACAUGGUGCUGAAGCUGGCCAGCCAGAAGACCAAGCUCCUGAAGGGCAUUGACCUGGGUAGCCUGGUGGACACCGAUAUGGACAUGAAGAUGGACGACUUCAACCAGAAUGUUCUGUUGAUGUCUCCCCCGGCCUCUGACUCAGGGUCCCAAGCAGGUUUCUCCCCUUACUCCAUCGAUUCGGAGCCAGGGAGCCCUUUGUUAGAUGAUGCUAAGGUCAAAGACGAACCCGACUCCCCUCCCGUGGCGCUGGGCAUGGUGGACCGCUCUCGGAUUCUGCUGUGUGCCCUCACCUGUCUGUGUCUCUCCUUCAACCCUCUGACGUCCCUGCUGGAAUGGGGGGGAGCCCACGACUCCGGCCCGCAGGCACGGGUGGGCUCAAGCCGCAGCAUCCUUUCCUUGGAUUCAGGGGCCGGCGGCUGGUUCGACUGGAUGUUCCCAACCCUCCUCCUGUGGCUCUUAAAUGGGGUGAUCGUCCUGAGUGUCUUCAUCAAGCUUCUGGUGCACGGGGAGCCCGUCAUCCGGCUGCACUCACGGACCUCGGUCACGUUUUGGCGCCAUCGCAAGCAGGCUGACCUGGACCUGGCCAAGGGCGACUUUGCCGCGGCGGCCUCGAACCUGCGGACGUGCCUGUCCGUGCUGGGCCGCACACUGCCCACCUCGCCCCUGGACCUGGCCUGCAGCCUCUCCUGGAACGUGAUCCGCUACAGCCUGCAGAAGCUGCGGCUCGUGCGCUGGCUGCUGAAGAAGGGCUCGCAGCAGCGCCGCCGGGCGGCCCCGGCCACAGGAGGCUUCGAAGACGAGGCGAAGACCAGCGCGCGCGAUGCCGCCUUGGCCUACCACAAGCUGUACCAGCUGCACAUCACAGGGAAGCUCCCCGCCGGCUCGGCCUGCUCCGACCUGCACAUGGCGCUGUGUGCCGUGAAUCUGGCCGAAUGUGCCGAGGAGAAGAUCCCCCCCAGCACGCAGGCGGAGAUCCACCUCACAGCCGCUGUGGGGCUCAAGACCCGCUGUGGAGGCAAACUGGGCUUCUUGGCAAGCUACUUCCUGAGCCGAGCCCAAAGCUUGUGUGGCCCCGAGAGGAAUGCCGUCCCCGAAUCCCUCCGCUGGCUGUGUCACCCCCUGGGCCAGAAAUUCUUUGUGGAGCGGAGCUGGUCGGUGAAGUCAGCCACCAAGGAGAGCCUGUUCUGUGCCCCCCGGAACCCAGCGGAUCCCAUUGCCCAGGUGCACCAGGCCUUCUGCAAGCACCUGCUGGAGCGAGCCAUGGGUGCCCUGGUGAAGCCGCAGGUCGAGAAGGGGCGAGUUGAACAGGAGGAGGAGACCUGUGAGCUCUCCAGCGCCCUGGAGUACCUGAAGUUACUGAAUUCCUUGGUGGAUUCUGUGGGCGUCGUGGCCCCACCUUUCACAAAGAGCUCCGUGCUGAAGUCAGCCCUCGGCCCGGAUGUCAUCUGCAGGUGGUGGACGUCUGCGGUCUGGAUGGCCGUCGGCUGGCUCCAGGGGGAUGAUGCAGUCGUGCGGUCACACUUCAGCGAGGUGGAGAGGAUCCCCAAGUCCCUAGAAAUGGCUGAGAAUCCCCUCGUGAAGGCCGUCUUCCAUAUCUGCCGGGCCAUGCAUGCCUCGCUCUCAGGGAAGGCCGAGGCUCAGCAGACUUCCUUUGGUCACUGCGAGAGGGCUAGCGGCCACCUUUGGGGCAGCCUCAACGUCAGCGGCGCGGCCUCCGACGCAGGGCUCACCCACGUGGUCCAGCUGCUCGCCUGUGACCUGCUGCUGUCCUUACGCACCGUGCUGUGGCAGAAGCAGGCAGGCUCCAGCCCGGCUCCCGGAGAGACCUGCCACGCCUCGGCCCCCGAGCUCGCCGGCUUCCAGAGGGACCUGGGCAGCCUGCGCCGGCUGGCACACAGCUUCCGGCCGGCCUAUCGGAAAGUGUUCCUGCACGAGGCCACCGUGCGCCUCAUGGCCGGUGCCAGCCCCACCCGCACCCACCAGCUCCUGGAGCACAGCCUGCGGCGCCGCACGGCCCAGACAACCAAGCACGGAGAGGCAGACGCCUUGCCCGGCCAGAGAGAACGGGCCGCCGCCAUUCUGCUGGCCUGCCGCCAUCUGCCCUUGUCCUUCCUCUCGUCCCCGGGCCAGCGGGCUGUGCUGCUGGCAGAAGCCGCCCGGACCCUGGAGAAAGUGGGGGACAAGCGCUCCUGCAGCGACUGCCAGCAAAUGAUUGUCAAGCUGAGUGGGGGCACCGCCAUCGCGGCCUCCUAACCCCGCCACUGCCUUCCCCUCAGUCUCUGUCACCGUUUCGGUCUGUGCCCCCCCGAGUGCCACCCCCUGGUUGCCCUGAGCCAGGGGCUGUCUGGCUGCCGCCAGCCUGUGCCCAGGACUCCCUCCCUUGGCCUCCCUCAUCUGGGACCAGCCAGGAAUCUCGUUUCGUUUUUCCCCCAGGAGAUGCCGAGGGGUCAGACUGGGACCCUCGAGAGGUCUGGGGGCGCGCCACAGGCCCUCAGGCUUUCUCGCAGCCUUGCGUGUGUGGUUUGCUGAGCCCUUAGGGUGUUGGGGCCCCCUUUCCCCUCGCCUCCAUCCCUUCUCCUGUCCAGCAUAGCCAGUUAGUUCUUUUUCCCGUGUCACAAGCAUAGCUAUUAGGGGUGAGUGUGGCGGUCCCUGCGCCCAGCCCCCGGGGGGCGCCACAGAGAUAGGCUUUGGAGGGCAGGCAGGGCAGGCAGCGCUCAGGGCAAAUACGGAAUAAAAUCAUCGUUUUUUAAUUUUCUAAGAAAAAUAAAUGGUAUCCUCCUUAACUGGCCCAUCCUUCCCUGUCUGUCUCUUUCUCCUGGGCUCUGCAGCUGGGACCCUCCAUGGCCCCCCGUCUUGGGUGUCGGGGCCCAUGUUCUGCUCUUAGCCAGAAUCAUGCUUCAGAGGGAAGUGACCAUGGCUGGAACCCGUUUGUCUACCUCGGGGCCUGGCACCACACCAGGAGGCAUGUGCCCGGCAGGGCAGAGGCCACCCCCCCCCCCAAACGCACCUCCAGGGGAGCAUCGGGGGAACCUGCAAUGGCAGCUGAGUAGGCCCUCGGAUGGAGCCCCAUAGACGUACCCAGCCAUCUCUGCCCACUAUCAAAGGCUUAUUUUGUCAUCGGAAACCGUCAAGUAGAAGGUCCUUCUGGGCCAGGGUUGUCCCUGGCACUGUGGGAGACCUCCCUCCGUCUUCUGGUACCUGGCAGUGCCCAAAUGCCCCUGAGAGCUACAGAUGGGUACCACCGGCCUUGGCGCCUCGGGCACCCUUUGGGCUCUGUCGGCAGCUGCCUCCCGAGGGCUCUUUGAUUUCUGGCAGUCAUGGGCUUAAGGGGUGCAGGACAGUCUGGGACAGAAAGGCCGCAGGGGCAGCCAGAGGAAGCUCAGGGAAGACUGGAUCAGGCCGGCCAGCCCACCCUAGUGCGAGGAGACGGCCCCCAGCCCCCUGAGCUCGUCGGCUCUUCAGGUUUUCCCACAGACCCUCACCCUGGCCCUGGAAGGGACCCUGUCAGCCCACUGAGCAGAGCAGAGGCUCCGUUCCCCCUUUUCCUUCUUUUAUUUAUGGGCCCAGCGCAGGCCCUGAGAGUUGUUUAUUUUCUGUGUGUGUAUACUGUGCCUUGUUGGUGGGGGUUUGGGGUAGGGGGAGGUUUAUGUGUGGAACUGGGGUGCUAGUCAGCCCCCCGUGGAAGGCGGGGGGCUCACAGCUCUCCCGAGGGCCUUUUUCUAUGUUCAGUCACGUACCUUGUCUGGGAAUCACAGGACACUCAAUAAACUGAGCUUGGUCUCGU